AUGCUCAGGACCCUGCCGUUGGCGUUGCUGGCUCUGGUCAGCGCGGCGGGCCCGACCCAGGCCAGUGGCUUCACAGAAAAAGGCCUUUCCCUGCUGAGUUUCCAGCUGUGCAACUCCAGCGUGACCCGAAACGUCCAGAAGGUGGAGGCCGUCCAGACGUUGCACGUGACCUACGCCCCCUGCGGUGGGUGGAUCCCGUGGAGACGAUGCCCCAAGACGGUCUACAGAACCCGGUACCUGACCGUGGAGGUCCCCGAGGCCAGGAACGUGACCGACUGCUGUGCGGGUUACGAGCAGCUGGGCCUCUACUGCGUCCUGCCCCUGAAUCGGUCCAGAGAGUUUGCCUCAAGACCCGGGGUCUGCCCGGUGGUGGGGCCGGAAGCCCCCGCCUCACCAUGCGUGCUGGACACAGACUGCCCGGGACUUCGAAAGUGCUGCCCUUCAUCCCGGGGCCACCACUGUGUGGCCCCCGCCCCCCGAGAUCCUGACAGCCCGGUGACCUUCUGGUACCAGGUCACUGUCCUGGUGAAAAUGGACUUCAGGGAGCUCGAGGAGGUGGACCCCAGGCUCCUGGACCACGUGCGGCUUCUGCACUCCAUGGUCACCAGCGCCUUGCAGCCGCUGCGUCCCGCUGUCCACCACCUACAGUCAGCCCGCGGGGACACCUCCCUCACGGUGUCACAGCUGCUCCUGGGCCUGCCGCGGCUGGUGCCUGUGGCCCGGGUCUCCGAGAUGCUGGACGAGGUCGUGAAGCGCGUCUAUGAAGUGAUUGACAUCCAGGCGCAAGAUGUCGACGAAUGCUUCAUCGAUGGCCUCAGCGCUUGCUCCGGGAAGGACCAGUGUUUGAGCGCGGAGGGCUCGUCCCCAUGCACCUGUCACCCUGAGCCGCCAGCCUCGGGUCCCCAGAAGCUGGACCGCACGUGCAGAGGCUGCCCUCCCAUCCGGGACUACGCCAUCCUCAACGUCACCAGCAGCAGCUUUCGGGUGUCCUGGAGUUUCAAUUCUACCCGGCGCCGCCCUUUCCACGUGCGGGUUUACAAGGGGGAGGAGCUCGUCUGGAGCGCCAGGACCGCGGGGAGGACCCUGCAGGUGGCCGGGCUGGAGGCCGGAGAGCUGUACACGGUGAAGACCGGCUACCAGGCGUGCGGGGCCAAUGUCACCGCCACGCUGGCCGUCCGAACAGACGCCCGCAUCUUCCGGGUCACCAUCAGGGUCCUAAACCGCACCGCGACGGACGAGCUGUGCAGCCGUAGCGGCCCUGAGUACCGGGACUUCUCUCGACAGCUGCUCAGGGAGGUUGAAAACUCCCUCCCGCCGGUGCUGUCCGACCUGCACAGGAGAGGGAAGCUGAGGCUGCGGGUCGUCUCUCUCCGGGCCGGAAGCGUGGUGGUGACGCUCAGGCUGACGGUUCAGGACCCCGAGUUCCCCGUAGGAGUCUCCACGCUCGUCCCCAUGCUCCCACCUCUGCUGGCCAGCACGGUGUUCCAGAUCGAACCGCAGGGGACGCGCGUGCAAGAUUGGGACGAGUGUGCAGAGGGACACGACUGCUCCCCCGCCGCCCAGUGCAUCAACCUGGAGGGCUCCUACACCUGUCGGUGCCCGACGGCCAGGGACGCCGACCCCUCCCGCGCCGGCCGGGCCUGCCAGGGUGACGUGAUGAGCCCCACGGGAGGUGACCCUCCUCCGGCAACGGGCGGAACAGCCCAUGGCCGGGAGACUCCCGCCUUGUGGCCCAGGCCUGGGCACCCCUGGGGCACCCCUGCUGCAGGCCAGACCCAGACCGCAGGGCCCCCACCCAGGAGAGGGGGCAGCAGCGUGGUCAAGCAGGACAGAAACGGCACAAGGCAAGGCAUGGGCGAGAUGUCCACAAGAAACUCCAGCAUGGAACCGUCCUUCUGGCCCACCCCUAGUGAGGGCCCCACAGACCACAUGGAGUGGCACGCCAGUGUCCCCACUUGGAAUACACCAGCGUCUCCGGGCCCCACAGAGCCACGCGACUUGGACCCUGGGCCCUCCAUUCCCCCUGACCUGCCCUCAGCCCACACUGCUGAGUCUCUGAAGCUUGCAGCCUGUGUUCCCGCCCCCAUUGAAAAGGUCACCGUCUCCGAUGUGACCAGCACCAGCUUCCACGUGGCAUGGGCGGCGGAUCUCGCCCUGCACCCCACCUUCCAACUCACCCUGGUCCCCGCGCAGAGCCCCGCGGUGCACCUGGAGACCCGGAACGCGAGCCUGACGCUGUCAGGACUGGAGCCCGGCGUCCUGCACCUGGUGGAGAUCGCGGCCCAGGCCUGCGGGAAAGGAAGUGCCCGGGCCCGCCUCAAAGUGAGGACAGUGGCCCAGAAACUCAGAGGCCGAGUGAGAGUGCCGGACGUCAGCUAUGUGGACGCCCUCCGUGACGUGAGCAGCCAGGAGUACCGGGACUUCCACGAGCGAUUCCUGAGGAUGGUGCGGGCGUCCUUGCCGGCCGCCGUGCUCCAGCUCGUGGACACGGGCGGGGUCCAGAUGGAGGUGACCGGCGUCACCAACGGCAGCGUCGUGGUGGAGUUUAACCUGCUGAUCACUGCAGACGUGGAUGUCCACGAGGUGUCCGCUGCGUUCCUCGGGGCCUUUCAGAACGCGUCUCUGCUGGACGUGGCCGGAGGGGACACCUUCAUCAGGGAUUACGACGAGUGUGAGAACCAGGAGCAUGACUGUGAGCCGGGCGCCUCCUGCCGCAACACCCUGGGCUCCUUCAUCUGCAGCUGCAUGGGCGGCGCCCCCCGCUCCCCCCCGGAAUAUUUUGGAAGACCCUGUGUAGAUGACUCUCCCAGCAACACAACCCAGGCCCCCGGCCCCUCUCUGGUUCCAGGCCUGGAGCAGCUUCCCACCCCAGCAGGAGCCAGGGCUGCCUCUGUGCCAGGGACCAGCCAGGGCCCCCAGGAGCCACCGCAGCGGCUGAGCCUGACCGAGGCGGUCAGGGUGCUCUGCGAGAUUGAGAAGGUGGCCCUCACCAUCCAGAGGCGUUUCCUGCAGCAGGAGUCCAUCCCCGAGUCCUCCCUGUACCUGGGACACCCAUCCUGCAACAUCAGCGACCACAACAGCACGCACGUGCUCCUGGUGGCCGGGUGGAGUGAGUGCGGGACCGUCGUGCAAAGCAACAUGACGACUACUGUGGUGAGGACCACGCUGAGGAACGACCUGUCCCCCGACGCCGUCAUCCACCACCUGAAGAUCCUGAGUCCCAUCCAUUGUGCCUUCCAGAACGACCUCCUGAUGUCAUCGGGCUACGCCCCGGAGUGGGGGGUUUACACCAUUAUCGAGGACCUCCACGGCUCCGGUAAUUUUGUCACCGAGAUGCAGCUGUUUAUCGGGGACUCCCCUAUCCCCCGGAAUUACACCGUGUCCGCCAGCGACGACAUCAAGAUCGAGGUGGGACUCUAUAACCAGAACAGCAACCUCAAGGUGGUCCUGACCGAGUGCUGGGCGACGCCGUCCAGCAACGCCAGGGACCCGGUCAUGUUCGUCUUCCUCAACGAUAGCUGCCCCAUCCCCAACACGCACACGCACGUGAUCGAGAACGGGGACUCCAGCAAGGCCCAGUUUAAGCUGAAAAUCUUCUCCUUCAUCAACAACUCCAUGGUCUACCUGCACUGCCGGCUCCGCAUCUGCAUGGACUCCCCCGGGACCACAUGCAAAAUAAAUUGCGAUGACAUCCGGUCCCCGAGAAGCCGGGAAGCGUCUGCAACACACCAGACGUCCUGGGGACCCCUCAUUCGGUCUGAAGGUGAGCGCCCAGGGGCGGAGCCAGGCCUGGGAACCGGCUACCUCGUCCUCAUCGCGGUGGCCGUCUUUGCCUUGGUGGCGGGAGCAGGUGCCCUCGUCCUUGUGCACUACCAGAGAAUGACCGGCAGAUACAGCUUCGGAGCCGCGGCGGGCGGAGUCAGCUACCAGGCAUUCUAUGAGUAGCUGUGACUCAGACUUGGUCCUUAAUUCGUCAAGCAUGGACCUAAGCUGCUCUGUCCCACAUCCAGAGUCUGGAAGAGUCCCAGAGGUGGUGAAAACAGACUCUGACUCCGGAGCCCAACAUCCAUGCAGGUCCCAGAGAAUCAACGCCCACCCGGAGGAUGAGAAGAGCUGUUGGAGAGGGAGGCCGGGCGAGGGCGAUGCCCAGAGCCUCAAACACGGGGCUCUUCAAACCAAGCAUGAGCGCGGCUCUGCCAUCACACAGAUCACUCCGAUAGCUCCAGAGCGCCCAGGCUCUACCAUCCUAACUGGUCCAAGUGGCCCUUUCCUGUUUUGCUGUCCAUCGACAUCCGCCACCUGCCACCCACCUCCCUCUGUCCACUCACCUGCCCACCCACUCACCCA